UCGCAAAAUUCUAGUUGGUUAUGUUUGAUCACUGUGAUUAUUUCCAAUUUAUACAUGCUGUGCGCCAAUAAGAAUUCACAUUAGCAAAAACAAGUUAAAAGCCGGUUGCUGAUAUUGAAAUUUUUUUUUAUCUGAAUGUGCGCAUGUAUGUGUAUGGCAACUCCUUUGGUUGUGAACUGUGACAUAUAGAACCCGGAAAAAAGGCUAGAAAUCAUCAACGGUUUUGCUACAUCGUGAGCCUUUCGUGUCGGUUUGCAUUUGUAUAAAUUACUGUUCGGUUUGGUGGCCAUUUAGCUUGUGAAAUUUCUGGAAGUUUUAAUUGAAAUAAAUCCCCUGUUCAUUUCCUAAUAUCAUUGGUGUAUGUAAAUCUCGGCUUAAUAGUGUAAAAAUAUUAUAAAUAGUAGUGUAUGUGAUAGUUGUGUGUGCGAUGCAAAAAUAUGAAGAGGGCAUUUUGAUUAUGAAAUAAUCGGAAUUUUUGCAUCCUACCAAUGCAGUAGAUAGCAUACAGAAAGAGUCAAAGGGAAAAGUAAAAACUGUGCUACCGAAGUGUUUAGGAAAAAUCGAAUUCGUGCGGAUUGUAGAAGUGUGAAUAAAACGACGCCCAAGUGUAAUUGGUGCCCGCAGGAAGCCAUUGCAAAGUUUUGCUUGUAGAGGUGAGAGCUUUGAAGCUACCGCCAAUGUAAGCAUAAGUGCAGUGCAACAACAACAAAUUGCAUUUUAGGUAUCCCUGCGAAAAGAUUGCAAAGAGCAUUACAUAUAGCAAUUUAAACGAUAACAACAACACAACAACACUGCAGUGAGUGCAAUAAACAUUUUGUGCUAUUUUUAGAAUAUUCGCACUCUCUUGAGCCUAUCGCAAUUUGCAUUAAAUUGCACGUCAAUUGUAAAAAGCAAAUAAUUAUUUUAUUCGGGUUUUCAGUUUUACAACAACUAUAUCAGCGUUUAGCACGCGUUACCUGAUUUUGUAUAAAACCGUUGUUGAGCAGCAGCAUCAGCAGCAGCACCAGCAGUAACAGUGCUCACAAAAGUUAACCGCAUUUUUAACGCGCAAAUACAAUAGCAACUACAAGAGUGGUUGCCCUUUUCAGCAUAUACCAAAAAUUUAUGCGCUCUACCGCAACGGCGGCGUCAAAGGUGUAUAGCCGACGGAGUCGUUACAGUUACAGCAGCAGCAGCAGCUGAAGACAGGUGUAUACCAGCUACGCUUCAGAAUGCUAUUUGCAGCUUGCACCACUGCAGCGCCGAAACCGCUGCAGCUCACUGCUCAUGUCGCCAACAACAAUUUGGGGCAACAGCAGUUGACGUCCCUGCAACAGCUGAAGGAUCAACAUGCGAUGUCCCUAUCGUCAUCGUCAUCGUCGUCGUCGUCUUCGGCUAUGCAAACGCCGGCGCAAAUGUCGCCACAACAUCAAAUGCAUGCAGCAGCAACAGGAAAUGCAGCUGCAGCGGUAGCAGCGGCGGUGGCUGCGCGUGCCAAUGAGGAGGCCAAGGAGGCAAUGCGUAAACUCGACGCCACAUUGGUCGCCUACUUGGCCGGCGAGACCAAGUUGCAAUCGAAGCAAUUGGAGUCGGAGCUGGAGCUGGAGCUGGAUUUGAAUGCGCCAAAUGAUCAAAUGAACGACAAUGAUGAAUAUAUUUUGGAAGAAUUCAGCGAUCCCAUUAUCGAGACGGUUGAGAAUAUGACACGUGAAGAAUUGCAGCUAUUCAGACGCAUCAAGAGCAUCAAUUUGCAAUUGGAGGCGCUUACACUAGAGCCAGAGGGCACUAAACGUAUGGAGCUGCUGCAGAACGACACGCGUCCGAUCUUCACCGUUGAGUGUCAGCUAUCGCACGAAUUGAUCCAACAAUUGCCACGCUACGAAAUGUUCAACAUCAUGCAAUUCGAAUCGGAGAAAUUCCACAGCCUCACGCAGUGCACCCGUUUCGGGCAGGAGGCGCAGCGCGACAUCAAUUUGGCGCCAAUCAUCGAUGAGCUCGACAACGCUUUGAAUGGCAAUGCCGAGGGCAAUGCUGCUGCUGGUGAUGCGCCCAACUUCGGACGCAUACACUUUGCCGUCUGGUGGCGUGAACCCGGCACUUGUCUCAAUGAGAUGCUCGGCAUGGGCGUCUUCGAAUUGCGUGAGCUGUACGAUGCUGCACUUUUGGAGCAGUGCAAACGCAUUACGAUUCAGCGUCGUGGCGUGCCACUGGCGAAUAUCUAUUUGAAGAUUAAUCUACUUUUGUGCUCGUUGGCUGACACCGCCAACAACAACGCGGCUGAUAUUAGCUGCGAAGCGGCAUUGCAAGCCAUGAAACAACACCCAGGCGGUGGUAAUAAGAAUAAGAAGGGUGCUAGUGGCAAUGCAUCAGCAGCGGCAGCUGGUGGUGCGGGCGCUCCAGCAGCCCCCAAUGCCAACAAUCAAUCGAACACUACAGCUAAAGGAAACAACACCAAAGACAACAAUGACUUAAAAGCCAGGCUAAAGAGCGAAUUCAAUUCUGAAACGCUUAAAAUACGCCUAUUAACCGGUUUGAUAUGUGCCUGUGAAGUGCGCUAUUUGGAAAUACCGAUAAAUCGUGAAAUGCAUCUGGUGUGCGAGCGUUUUUGGAAAACAGAACCGGCCACAGCAAAAUCCGUUGGUACCGAGCAAUUCUAUUAUCAAGAGCAAUUUGCCAUUCUACGUGAUGCGAACUUCUUGAAUCACGUCAGAGGUAAGCAUUUACGUUUACUAAUUUACCAACGGCCGUUAAGCACAUCUUUCAGCGAUUGGAAUGGCAAUUCGGAUGAACCGUUAGAGCCAUUGGGUUUGGCCUUCUUGCCGUUACAUCAAUUUUAUAUAGCAUUCAGUAACGAUGAGAUGACAAAUCGUUUGAUGUCUGAUAGGCUUCCGGUUAUAUCCAUUGACGCUUGGGCACCCAUUUACGGUUCGAAUGGGCAGGCUAUGGGCGAAAUUAAAUGUUUGCUAGCAAUGGGUAGUGAAGAGCAGAUAACUACGCUUAAAAGAGAGCGCGAUAUAAAACCGUUACACUCCGACAUGUUUACCAACCUUACUGCAAAUAGUGAAAUUGAUUAUCUAUAUAAAUCCAUACGCAUGCCGACCGAUGACUGUAAGAAGCAUGCCAUUUCUGCACCUUCGGACCAAAAGAAAAGUAUUCGCACCACGGUUGAGUUAAUGGAUAUGCUGCAGAAUGCAUUGCAACAAACAAAUAUGGCUAGUGAACGUGCCAAAAAUCCAGAACCAUCACCGUCAACAACAACAUCAUCACUUAGCACAGACGCCACACCAAGCGGUCUCGAAGAUGUGCCACUAAUGACUUUCGAACCAUCUACAUCACAAGCUGCUGCUGCUGCUGGCUCAGCAAAGUCUACACCAAUAACUACAGAUGCUGCAGCUGUUGAUCCCACUAAACCGUUGGAGAAGCCACAAUUCAAAUUUGAGCUAUCAAUUAAUUGUGCCGUUGGAUUGCCGCUAAAUCCGGGUGUACGUUGCAAACCUGGUACGAACGAACCGAAACGUUCGGUUUCGAAACGUUUUCCACCCGGUGAGCCACCGUCGACGUACGUCACAUUCCAGGCGACCAGCUGUGACGGUAGUAGUGGUUGUUACAAGUCGCAUGAGGGCAACGUAUACGCCACACGGGUUGUGAUGCGCUCUGUCGUGCCGCAUUGGUUGCAAACGUUCGUGGUCACCGUGGACGAAGACUACUUGAAAAAGCCCAAGCAAACGUUUGUUUUGAAAUUAUGGAAGAAGGCGAAUGUGCCACCAGCUAAUGACAGCCCCAGAAUCAUUAACACCAGCGAAAUGGAACCCACACCGAAUGAUGAUGCCAUCAUCGGUUUUACAGCUUUGGACUUGAGUGUUUUCUUGAAGGGCCUGCAUUUAGCCGGAGUUUUCAAUGUAUUCGAUUUCAAUGGACGCAUUACGGCCAGGUUAGAAUUAGAUGCCAAACCAGCGGAUGAAUGGUAUGUGCAGUAUUUGGUCGAAAAAGUUUGGGAGAAAACACACAAGGAGCCACCGAAGCCGAGGCCAAUCAUACGAAUGACUCCCGCUGCUGCGGCUGCUGCGCGUGCUGCUAAGGCCGCUGAUGCUGCUGCUGCUGGUGCUUCUACUACCGACACAACAGCUGAUACAGAGAUGCUAGAAUUUGGUAAGUCGCUCGAUAUCAGUCAUCUAAAUCUUAAUGAAGCCGUCAAUCAUAAAUACAAUGAACUGAAGGUAAUCUCUGAACGUUUGCGCACACGUCUCGUCGAUGUGACUGGCGAACCUUUGUCCGAAAUAUUUAAUUUGGAUGAUUUAAAUAAUUGGCAACCAUUGAAUGAAGUAAUCAAUGCAGAUGUAGAAAUGGAUGAAUUUGAGCGCGAUAUUAAUGAUCCGUCAGCGGCAGCAGACGAUGCUGGCACAAAUAAAAGUGAUAAUAAAAAUGAAAAUUUGAUCUCAAAGACGGCGCCCGGCGCAGCCGAUCCCACUAUUGAAUAGUGGCGGCGACGUGAACGCAGGAAUACAACUACUAAGUCAGCGUUAAAAACAAGACCUAAUAAUAACAUAACAACUAAUCUAGUAUAUCACAAUGUAGCGCAUUUGCGCCAAAUAAUAGCACAUUUAGUAACACAACUAACAUUUUUAGCACCAUCACCACCGACCGCAAAUACAACAAGCUAACUAUCCUUCAUCAUUAUUAAAACGCUACAUACAUUUUUAAUAAAAGCUCAAUAGUACUUAAUGAACUGUAUGCGACAGAGAAUAAGAAUAAUAAGAAGUCUGCAUGUUAUUUUGCCAAUUUUUAUUAUUAAUAAUAAUAUUAUAUGUGUACCAGUAUGAUAUAGCUAUUACUAUUACUAUUAUAAAGGAAGUUUUAAACGGCCUGCGAAUCUUAUAUAAAUAGCUAAGCGAAAUUGUUAUUACUUUCUUCUUCCCUUUUUAUCAUUAUAAAUCAUGUAGGCGUAUUUAUAGAUACAAUAAAGCGACACUAAAAUUUAUUGCAACCUUUCUUUCACAAAUAUUUUUUUUUAUGAAAUUUUUAACAAAAAGUUGCAUUUGAUUUUAAAGCCGCCUUUAUUUGGCCUAUAAAUAUGCCACAUAGUAUUUCAUUAAAUUAGCAUUAAUUGUUUACUCUAUAUAUGUAAUUACGUAUAUACAUAUAUACAGUUAAGUAUUGAAUUGUUUACUAAAUUGCGUAUGAAAGCGAACUUGUAUUCAGAAAUGAAGUAUUUAUUUGCUCUAAAUUAUUAUUAUUUCUUAUUAAUUAAUAUAAUAUAAACUAUAUUGGUGAUAUUGGAAAAAUAUUUGGAAAUUUGAAAAACAAUGAAGCAAGUAAACAUAAAUGUAUUUCAAGUCUUAUCUCAAUAAGUCCAGCAACAAAAUCUUUGUGUAUGAAUUUAAAAAUGAAAAUCAAAACGAAUUCAAUAAAAUGUUACUGGUUUUAUGUGAAAUUA